GUCCCUGGGAGCCCCUGGGAGGGUCCCCCUCCUUUGCAGGCUCUGCAUCCGCCUUGGCCCACUGAGCCCCCCAGCAUGCUGGGGAGGCGGCUGGCUGCCAUCACCCCACCCCGAUUUUACAGGUGAGGAAACUGAGGCCUCUGAGAGGGGCAGGCCCAGCCAGGAAAUCAGACGUCGUUGAAAGUGCAAACUGGUGCAGUGCUCCAAGCCCUUUUUGUUUUUAAACUCAGCCUGUUUAAUCCAUUGUUCUGUGUCUACGUCAAACCAGGUGCAGGGCAGGCUUACUGCCCCGCCCGACAGAGGUCACACAGCAAGGAAGAGAUAGGGCCGUGACCCAGAACCCAUGUGCGGGGCAGGUGCUCGGGCAGCUGCCCGGAGCCACGGCCAGAGCCGUCCACCCCCUGCUCUGCAGCCUGAGGGCUGGCGAGGACCCUCACCCGCCCCGGUGCCCAGACGGGAACCCUGAGGUCCAGAGCGGGCAGAGCUCCGGCCGAUGGUUUCUGCCUCGCGUGCUUUUCACUCUAGGGGGCUGAGGGGUCAGGGUCCCCAGAAGGGGUCCAGGGUUGCAAUCAAGAGGGGCCCCUAGGAGGCCCCCACUGUGGUGGCCACCCUCCCUCCUCCGGGAAGGUCGAGGCCCCCGGCCUGAGGGCCGAGCAGCAGAGUCCUUGCUUCCGCUCUCAGGACCUGGUGCGGGGGAGGGAGCCACCACUUCCCCAGCACCUGCACGGCGGGCACUGGGCGCACUGCCCCCGCCCCACCUCGUUUUAUCCCCUCCCAGACCCCAGCAGGGCAAGCGCAGUCACCAGCCCAGUCCGGAAAUAAGGACACACACUCAGGCCAGUGAAGGGACUUCCUCAGGUCACAGCUACGUAGAUGAGCUGGGAUUUAAACCCACAUCGGUGACAUUGCCAGGCCCGGGGGCCACCGUAUGCCCCUAAAGGGCCUGUGCAGGAAUUAGAAAAAAGAUGCCUCCUCUGAGUGGGCAGAGCCCACAGUCCUGUGCCAGGGUGCAGGGAGAGUUCAGCCCCCAUUAUACUGGUUUUGAGGUGCGCAAACCACGUAACAGUUCGAGGGGGCCCCUCAAGCCUCCAUGCUAUAGCCCUCGCGGCUGCAGAGCCCACUGCUCCCCGCCCUUCCCUCUACCUGGGGCCCAGGACCCUGAGUCUGAACUUCGAUCAGCCAUGCCCUCCCCAGCUCCCCCAGCAACCCCUUGUCUUCAGCCGGAGUCUGCAUCCCUCCCAGGGCCUGGAGGCCCGGCCAGACUCCUCAGGCCUGGGCUCUUGUCUCUCCAGUCUCACCAAAAGCUGGAAGCUUCUAGAAAGCCCCUCAUUCUCUCCAGGCUGCUCCCUGUGUCUGGAAUACUCUCCCCCUCUGUGCCUCAGUUUCAUCCUCUGUGAAAUGGGGACCAUACAGGUCUCAUUCUGUCAAGGUGACAAGGUGUGCAUGUCAUGCGCUUAGCCCAGUGUGUGGCAGCACCUGGUAAGUUGUCGCUAGAUGUUACUGCUACUGCUGCCCGCUCGGCUGAGAUGCCCCUGCGCCUGCUCCAGGCCCCGCGCCGCCAGCUCGUCCUGCAGAUCGCUGGGCAGCAGCUUGCAGGGUUUUGUCAGUUCCAGUAGGGAAGGGCCACGAGGGCAGGGACUUCAUCUGCCCCCCCAUUCCCAGUACCAGGUGCUCCAUAAAUGUUUGUUGAUUGGAGGACAGGUGCCACCAAGGAGCAGUGCUGAUUGUGGUCGGCGUGGGACUGGAGGUGGCCCCCUCACCAGGUGUCUCCAGCGCCAUCUUCUUCGUGCCCGGCUUCCUGUUGCUGGUCCCAGGAGUCUACCACGUGAUCUUCAUCUACUGUGCGGUCAAGGGCCACCGGGGUUUCCAGUUCUUCUACCUGCCCUACUUCGAGAAGUGAGCCCCCUGCAGACGCCGAUUGACCACCGACCACAGGGAUCCGCGUGGGCCCCUGGCAGCCUCCUCUCGUCCCCAGGGGGCGCUCCUCGGCCGGCCCGCGCUACUCCAGUUCCCUCAUCUCGAUGGAAAAGUCCCUUCUGCAGGACCCCUGGGGCCCCGGCCCCAUCCAGAGUUUCCUCAGGAAGUUUGGGGCGCACCCUUUCCCUGGGCCCGGGGAAGUCGCCCCUCGCCCGCUCUGUGCCUUAACUUAUUCUCGGGCUCUGAGGCUCCUGGGUUGGCGGUGCCUUGUGCUAAUAAAAGGGGUAAUUACAUCCAGCA